GUUGUCCUCUAUGGAAUUGACUUAUCUGACGUGAUAAUGAAGGAAAGCCUCUUUUGAAAGCAAAAGUUAUAAUUUUAAUGCUUUUUCAUUGUAUCUUUGUACGGGGAUACUAUUAAUUUAGUUACAUAAUUUCUUUUGUGAGUAAAAUAAUUUAUUGCAAAUUUUGAAUGGAUUCUGACAACGCGAGGGACAGGUCACCUCUCAGAGACCUUGGAGAUAGAGGAAGAGAAAGGACAAGGCGGGAUAAGCCCAGUAGAUUUGGUCCACGUGCCAGCAGUGAUGACAGAGAUGAAUCUCCCUGUGGCAGACGGGUGUUUGUAUCAAACAUUCCUUAUGAAUUUGGGUGGCAGGAUUUGAAGGAUCUUUUCAGAAAAGAAGUUGGCAAAGUGGUUUUUGUGGAAUUGUUCAACGAUGAGAAUAACAAACCAAGGGGUUGUGGCAUAGUGGAGUUUGAGUCUGUUGAGUUGGCAAGAAUAGCAGUGGAAAAGAUGCACAGAUAUGAACUGCAGAAUAGAAAUUUGGUUGUGAAGAAGGACUUUGAUGCCGAGAGAGACAAGUAUGGGCGGUUGGUACGUGCUGGUGGUGGUGGGGGAGGAGGCCCCGAUGGAGGCAACAGCGACAGGCCUCCGCGAGUGAACAGAGAUGACCGUAACAAGUGGAACCAGCAGCCGAGACCUCUCGUGCAUAACGGAGGUGGCCCGCAGAAGUGGACCAACACUUACGGACUGAGCCCGCAAUUCCUCGAGUCUCUCGGCGUUUCUGAGCCACUGGUCAACCGAGUGUUUGUCGCGAACCUGGACUACAAGGUGGACAGCCAGAAGCUGAAGGAGGUGUUCAAGCUGGCCGGCAAGGUGCAGAGCGCCGAGGUGAGCAUGGACAAGGAGGGCAAGAGCCGGGGGUUCGGGGUCGUGGAGUACGACCACCCGGUGGAGGCCGUCCAGGCCAUCUCCAUGCUCAACAACCAGAUGCUGUACGACCGCAAGUUGGCCGUGAGGAUGGACCGGGUGGACCACAAGCCCGACGGUCCCCCCAGACUUCCUGAAGGUCUCCGGAGCGUUGGGAUGGGCCUCGGAGCGGGUGGGAACCCUCUGCAUGAUGUUGCACGUAACUUGCCCAAUAUUGGCCAAGAGGCCACGGGAUUGGCUGCAUCUCUCCCACAAGGUGCUACAGCUUUGAGCAGCCUAGGGCAGUUGCAAGGAGUGAUUGGUCAAGCUGGCUUAGCGGGCCUGGGAGGUGCGGCGGGCCUGGGCGGUCUGGGCGGAGCAGCGAGCCUGCUGGGGGCAGCAGGUGGUGACCUUGGCCUGUCCGCCAACCUGGCCAGCUCUGCCCUCGCCGGCUCCAGCCUGGGGGCGACUCUUGGCUUGGCGGCCGGCGGCCUCUCUGGCGCCCGGUCCUCUCUCCUGGCGGCCGGUGCCGGGGGCGGCGUGAACGCCCUCGGGGCGUUCGGGGCUCCCUCCAGGGACUUUGACAUGGGCGGUGGUGCCGGAGGGGGCAGGGACGUGAGGCCAAGCAUUGGCAGCGGAGGUCCGGCUUUUGCGAACGGGCCCUCCCAGAACAUGCCCCCUUCGGGAGCCCCGGGGGCGAGACGUUCAGAUGCUGUCAUCAUCAGGAAUCUUGGACAAACUGUGACAUGGCAGAAGCUGCGUGACAAAUUUCGUGAAGUCGGAGAAGUCAAAUUUACAGAGCUCCAUGGCAAAGACAUGGGACUCGUGCGCUUCACAAAUGAUUGGGAUGCACAGCGUGCUGUGCAUAUGAUGGACCGUUCCCGCUUUGAAGGCCGCACCAUUGAAGUGUGUCUCUAUUAGGAGCAGUUGACUUUCAUCAUUCACUUGCAUCCUCCUUCGCUCAGCAGACGUGUUGAAGAAAAUCAUCUUGUUUCCGAAAAGCUGUUGCUUCACCUUUUUUUUUACAGUUAUUAACAUCUGUGUCUACGUGCGCUCCGCUGGAUUUGGUUUGAUUGUCAAGUAGAACUUUUUUAUGUGCGUGGUUGUCUAGUGUGUUUGAUUCCAGACCGAUCAAUGACUGUUGUAGAUUGUAUUUUAUAAUGUAGACUCGGAUGCUAAAGAUUUGAUGUCAAAUAAAGGAAUCUUAACAAA